AUGGAGGACUUCAGAUUUUUCUUUCAGUUUCUUCUUUUCCAUUUCCCUCUUUAUUCUUGUUCAUCCUCAUUUUUGAUUUUUAAUCUUUUUCCUCAUUCUCCACACUUUAUUCUUCGACCUCGGGUCUCCCAAACUUUUUUCUCGUUCUCCCACACUUUUUUCUUCAUCCUCGUUCACCGUUCUCCCCCUCUUUGCUGUCCCCAGUCCCCUCUUUGCUGUCCCCCUUUUCUCCCCCUUUUGCUGUCCCCUUUCCCCCCCUCUUUUGCUGUCCCCCUUUCCCCCUCCCCCCUUUUCCCCCUUUUUGCUGUCCCCUUUUCCCCCUCUUUUGCGGUCCCCUUUCCCCCCCCCUUUUGCCCCCCUUUCUCCCCCCUUUGCUGUCCCCGGUCCCCCUUUCUCCCCCUCUUUGCUGUCCUCGGUCCCCCUUUCUCCCCCUCUUUAUUUUCUUUCUUUCAUCUGGCAUACUUUCAUAUUAGCAUAUCUAUUUUUUAUUUCAUUUCUUUUCUCAAUCAUUUUUCCUUCCUUACUAGUUGA